CUCUCCCUGCCUCCAUCAAAGGGAUCCUUCCAAUCCCUCCUUCCUCCAGAUCUGAGUGCAGGAGUGUCCCCUAAGGUCCGCUCUCCAGCACUGAGGAUGGGGUCUCCGCGCACGAUGCUGCUUUUAGCGCUGUUACCCCUGUUCCUGCACAGAGUUUCUGCCCAGGUCACGGUGGAUUCCUGCUGCACCAGCGGAUACGAGUGGGCGACCCAGAAAAGGGAGUGCGGCAGCCUGCCCGUCAUCUCAGAUGACAAGGAAUGUCGAAUAACCCAGGAGCAGUGCUGUAUUAACCAGUUGGAGGAGAUCCACUGUACCACCGGAAUAACCACCGCGAACGAACAGGAGUCCUGCGACAUCGACGAAAGCGAACACAACUCCAGCUGCGAGGCCCAGUUCAUAAAAAGAUGCUGUAGCUGCUGUCUGCUGGGAAGGACCGCGCAGUCCAAGGGGCAGAGCUGUGAGCAGAGUAUAUUCCUGGGGUAUCAGUGCGGUCUCGUGUUCAGGGCCUGCUGUGUCAAAGGUCAAGAGGGUCCUGAAAUCCCCAACAAUGGAGUCAGGGAUGAAGCGAGAGGGCCGUCUAUACCCCACGUGGAUACUGAAGAUCCGUAUCUGAAUGAUCGCUGCAGAGGUGGGGGUCCGUGCACUCAGCAGUGCAGAGACACGGGGGCCAGCGUGGUCUGCUCCUGCUACAGUGGCUACCAACUUCAGCCCGACGGCGUCUCCUGCGAAGAUAUCAAUGAAUGUAUAACGGGGUCUCACACCUGUAAAGUGGGCCAGGUAUGCAUCAACCUGGUGGGCUCCUUCCGGUGUCAGAGGGAGAUUAACUGCGGUACGGGAUACGAACUCACAGAGGACAACAGCUGCAAAGAUAUUGACGAAUGUGCUUCCAACACUCACAACUGCCUCCCCAACUUCGUCUGUCAGAACACCGCGGGAUCGUUCCGAUGCCGCCCCAAACUUCAGUGCUCUGCCGGAUACAUCCAGGAUGCGGGGGGCAAUUGCAUGGAUAUCAACGAGUGCUUGAGCCUCAACGCUCCGUGUCCUCAUGGCCAGACCUGCAUUAACACGGAAGGGUCCUACACAUGUCAGCGACACGUGGUCAACUGCGGAAGGGGUUACCACCUCAGCGCUGAUGGCACCCGCUGUGAAGACGUGAACGAGUGUGGAAGCUCUCAGAACCCGUGUGGCGAGGGACACACAUGUUUGAACGUGGCCGGCUCUUACCGUUGCGAAUGCCGGACAGGAUAUCAGUUUGACGCGUUGACCAGAACCUGUGCCGACAUAAACGAGUGCCGGGGGUAUACGGGACGUAUCUGCGCCCACAAGUGCGAGAACACCGCCGGCUCCUUUUACUGCAGUUGCACCACCGGGUUCAGAUUGGCUCUGGACGGAAGAUCUUGUGAAGAUGUGGAUGAAUGCGGCAGCAAUCCGUGCAGCCAGGAGUGCGCCAACGUGUACGGCUCGUACCAAUGCUUCUGCCGGCGCGGCUACCAGCUCAGCGAUGUGGAUGGAAUCACAUGCGAAGACAUCGACGAAUGUGCCCUGCCGACUGGGGGCCAUAUCUGUUCUUAUCGCUGUAACAACGUUCCCGGCAGCUUCCGAUGUUCCUGCCCCGUCACCGGGUACACGCUGGCACCCAACGGACGCAACUGUCAAGAUGUCGACGAGUGUGUAACCGGGACGCACAACUGCUCCGGGACGGAAACGUGCUUCAACAUCCAGGGAGGCUUCCGGUGCCUUGCCUUCGAAUGUCCCAAAAAUUACCGCAAAUCCGGCGACAAUCGUUGCGACCGCUUGCCCUGUAGUGACACUGAGUGCCAGAGCCAGCCCCUGAGAGUUACCUAUCACCACCUCUCUUUCCCCACCAACGUCCAAGCUCCCUCCGACAUAUUCCGCAUGGGCCCGUCCCAUGCCCUCCCCGGCGAUGACAUUCAACUGUCCAUCACCAGCGGGAAUGAGAAGGGCUAUUUCGCCACGAAAAAGGUCAACUCUCACAGCGGUCUUGUGGCUGUAGAACGACCAAUCGCAGAAGCGCAGGACAUCCUCCUUACUAUCCAGAUGAAUCUCAUUCGCCACGGGACUCUCAACACUUUCGUAGCCAAACUACACGUCUUUAUCACGGCCGAGCUUUAAUCCAACCACGGGCUCCGGGGGGGGGGUCUUCGUUAAUGUUCUGUUCGACUUUUCUAGUUUCAAUAAAGUUUACGUUGUUGCA